UCCCUUCUCCUCCGGAUGAAGACUUAGGCCCAAAAGCGUCAGACACUGCUCAUGUCGAGAUCAAUCAAGCUACAAAUAAUCAAUUAGUACUGCAGAAAAUAUAGACAUUGACGAAAACUUGUUAAUGAAACUAUACUUGGUCACAAUAAGUAAGAGUCUGGAAGACAUGAUUGCAGAUGCAUCUCAUAAUCUCAAUUAUGGAUCCCUGACAGUGUUUGAUUCACAGGAGAUCCCUCCGAUUUCGAUCCAGGACUACCUGCUUAGGAUAAUGUCUUACUCCAAGGCAACUUCAAGGAGCAUGGUGAUGUGUUUAUGUCAUAUUGAUAGUCUUUCUAAUGACCAGGACUGCCCAAUAAUCCCGACAAGGUAUAAUAUCCACAGACUACUCGUGGUUUCAAUGAUGGUUUCCUGCAAAUUUUACGAAGACUUUUAUAUCGAUAAUGAAUCAUGGGCCACCAUUGCUGGAAUGACUCUUGAAGAGAUCAACAGGCUUGAACGCAAGUUCUUGACUUACAUUGAUUUUAACAUCAAUACCAAGCUAGAAUGAUUUCUUAAUUACGUCCAAAUGCUACUUAGUUAUGCUGUGGAGAAUGCAAUUGUUGAGAUAGAUAUUGCCAAGGAGAUCUUGCAGGCAAUCUUGGAUGCAUCAGUGCAAGAAUUUGGAGAUAGUGAGAGUUAAUUACUCCUUAUAAAUAUCGAUAAAUCUAAAGUGCGUAAUUGGAUACCUCUUAGAUCCUGGACACAACAGGAGGAUACCUUUUAAAUCUUUCAGUUGCCAGAAUCUCAAUUAACUAGCAGGUGUUCUUGCAUUGAUUUUCUUUUUAAAAAUUAUCUCUCACACAUUUAACCAUAU